UGCCCCGCCCCCUGCCCUCUCGUGCCUGGCCACGCCCCCUUGCACAUUUCCUCUCCCCUCCGCCUCCUCCCUUUCCCCCCUCUUCCAAGGCGCAUGAGAGAUGUCUGCCACCAGUGUUGACCCCCAGGCUCAGCAAAAUGAAAAGUUUUUCUCUCUCUUUAUCUUACCAUGUACUAUGAUUUGACAGAGACCGAAAGGACAAGAUAAUAAAGUGCAAAAUGGUUCACUUCAUCAAAAGGAUACAGUUCAUGACAACGAUUUUGAGCCUUACCUUUCUGGACAGUCCAAUCAGAAUAACAGCUAUCCAUCAAUGACAGAUCCUUACUUGUCGAGUUAUUACCCUCCUUCUAUUGGUUUUCCCUACUCUCUCAGUGAAGCACCAUGGUCAACUGGAGGAGACCCUCCUAUCCCAUACCUCACUACCUAUGGACAGCUCAGUAAUGGUGAUCAUCAUUUCAUGCAUGAUGCUGUUUUUGGACAGCCUGGGGGACUGGCAAACAACAUUUAUCCCCACAGAUUUAAUUUUUUCCCUGAAAAUCCCCCCUUCUCAGCUUGGGGAACAAGUGGGUCCCAAGGUCAGCAGACUCAAAACUCUGCUUAUGGGAGCAGUUACAGCUACCCACCCAGCUCUCUGGGUGGUACUAUUGUGGAUGGGCAGACAGGAUUUCAUAACGAAACUUUAAAUAAAGCUCCUGGGAUGAAUAGCAUUGAGCAGGGAAUGGUUGGACUGAAGAUCGGUGGAGAUGUCACAACUUCUGCUGUGAAAACAGUGGGUUCUGUGGUGAAUAGUGCCGGGAUGACGGGUGCUUUAACUGGCAAUGGUGGAUCAGGUAUAAACUUGCCAGUCUCCAAGCCAACUUCUUGGGCUGCUAUUGCUAGCAAACCAGCAAAACCUCAGCCCAAGAUGAAAACAAAAAGUGGGCCUGUAAUAGGAGGGGCUUUGCCUCCACCACCUAUUAAACACAACAUGGACAUAGGUACUUGGGACAAUAAAGGUCCUGUGGCCAAAGUUCCAACUCCUCAGCAGAUCCCUUCUCCUCAAUCAGUCCCUCAGCCACAAAUUAUUCAGCCUAUUCCUGCCCAGCCGCCUCCAUUGGCCCAACUGCCAUACCAGAACCCUCAGCCGCCGCCACCUCAAAACCGGUGGGUGGCACCUCGUAACAGAAAUGCAGCUUUCGGCCAAAGUGGAGGAACUGGUAAUGAGAGCAACUCACCUGGCAGUAUCCCAGCAAACUCUAUCCCUGGUGGCGAAUCCCAUCCUGUUCUUGAAAAACUGAAAGCUGCUCACAGUUACAACCCUAAGGAUUUUGAGUGGAACCUUAAAAAUGGACGUGUAUUCAUAAUAAAAAGCUACUCCGAGGACGAUAUUCAUCGUUCUAUCAAAUAUUCAAUUUGGUGUAGCACAGAGCACGGCAACAAGCGUUUGGACAGUGCUUUCCGCUCCAUGAACAGUAAGGGCCCAGUCUACUUGCUCUUCAGUGUCAACGGCAGCGGACACUUUUGUGGAGUGGCAGAAAUGAAGUCACCAGUGGACUAUGGCACCAGUGCUGGCGUCUGGUCUCAGGACAAAUGGAAAGGGAAGUUUGACGUCAAGUGGAUCUUUGUGAAAGAUGUGCCCAACAACCAGCUCCGACACAUCCGGCUGGAGAACAAUGACAACAAACCAGUUACAAAUUCCCGCGACACUCAGGAGGUGCCCUUAGAAAAAGCAAAACAAGUGCUUAAAAUUAUUGCUACAUACAAGCACACAACCUCCAUCUUUGAUGACUUUUCUCAUUAUGAGAAGCGCCAGGAAGAGGAGGAGGUGGUGCGGAAGGAACGUCAGAAUCGAAAUAAACAAUAAGAAUAAACAUAUAUGGUUUGCUAAAUAUAUAUAUAUAUAUAUACAUAUAUAUAUAUACUAGAACUGGUAUUAAAUUUGAUUAUGAAAAAUGGAAUCUUUUUUUAAAGUGUUCUGGUGCUGUAUUCUGGCAUCAGGAGACUGUAAAGCUUUCAGCUCCCAUAUCUUUUUGUGCAGGGGAAAUUAAAUUGUUGCAUCUUUUAAGUACAUUGUAGUGUGUUUUGGUUUUUUUGCCCAGGUGAAUAUGUUAAUUUGUAUCUUUUCUAUGUAAAAUGCUGUAGAAUCCAUUAAUAAAGGUGUUACUUGGGGUUUUUUUUCCCAAUUUUUUUAAGUUGGUUAAAUAAGUUUAUUUAGUAUAUUAUAAUUGAACAUUCUGAAAUAUUAGUGUUUCCCAAAGAGUUUACUUCAGCACAAAUUAUGUUUCUAAUCUGGAAAUCACCAUAAUUCUAUAUUUAUGUACUACAGAUCCUCAUGUCUCACCAUCCCCACAAUUGUCUUGAUUCUUCAUGGCAAGCAAAAAAACGAACGUAUUGAUUUCCUCUGGUCAUAUUUUUAGCUUGCUUGGAGAAAUGCCACAUGCAUGUCAAAGGCAUUGACAUCAAUACAGCAAGUUCAGAUCACUUUAUAGAGUUCACCUUUUUAUCUGUUUAUCUGAUCUGUUUUUUUAAUGCUGAAAAUACACUUUUUUGUCUAAUCAAAAAACCAAAAAGGCAUAAUUCACCAGGAUAACUUGUGCAAACAGUGUUGUUAAACUUUGCACAAAUGCACAGUUAUGCACUUGCAUAAUUCACAAUGAUUUUAGUGAGGCUUGCAUGAGAGAUAUUCCCCAUGGGCUGUGCCUUACAUUGUCUAAAAACAGACUUCUUUCAGAUUUGGUGAACCUGUGCUCUUCAGUGGGCAUCUACUAUAGACCAUAUCCUGCAACAAAAAGGUGCAAGUUUUCCCCUCUGCCAUCAUCUUUGUUUUUUGUUUGUAAUUAAAUAAUGUUGUCAACAUUGCAGGGGUUGGGGGGCAAUUUGACUUUUUAAGGCUGGUUUUCAGCUUUCUAAUAGCCAUUGAAUGCAGAUGAUUUUUAAUCUCUCCCCCCACCCUCGCUUUUUGAUUCUCCACCUCCUCCCUCAAAAAGUGUCAUUUAAAAUCUUAUACCAAUAAUGGUGAGCUUUAAUAUAGAAUCUUAGUACAGACUCAUAUGAUGGAUUAUGCUUCAGAUGUUUAAAAUUGACAGUGUAUGUGUCUAUAUAUAUUUUUUUCUGUUGGAUGAGUAAAAACAACUGUUUUAAGAAAUGGGAUUUGCUGUCAUGUUUUUGUGGAAUGAGGGAGCUGUCGAAGAACUGGCCACCAACUGGAGUUUCAAAAUUAAGCAUGAAUUCUUAGUGCUCAUGCCUGUUGCUUUAGCACACCGAAUCUGCACGUGUUUAUCGUAGAGGAUCUUUUACUUAUAUUAGAAAACAAAUAUCUUCUGAAAACUAUUUACUCGAGGACCUCCAAUUUAAAUGAAAGUUUAAGCUGUAUCAUUUAGACUUGUAUUUAGAACAUAUAGCUUUGUCUCUGAACUGUUACUUCUGGUGUAAGGAGUAAUGGACAGCAUCAGAUUAACUUUUUCCUCUAGGAGAACACAAGCCUUAAUAAAUAUUACCUACUUAGCAA